CCACGAGGGGCUGUUUCGCGCGAAAGUUGUUCUAUUUCCUUCCCGGUGAUUACUUGUAAGAGCAAGAAAAGAGAAAUGCCGCUGGGAAACAGUUAGUAUACCGAGGGUUUAGGGCUAGAGUGUUUUUGUAAGUAGUUACACGUUGAAGUUUUUUUAAAUACAGAUUCGCGACAUUAUACGGAAUUAUGUCGCAGGCUCGAGUCACCGAUUUCUUUUCCCAAAGCAAGAAAGGUGGAAUUGAUAGGGGUUUCCAGGGCAAAGGAAGAAAAAAUACACCGGUUGUUUUUGUUGAUCCGGAAGAAUCUCAGGUAGUGGUGAAGAGGGAGAAUACACGGUCAACUAGAUCUAAAUCUAAAACUACAUCAAGACCAGCUACAACAAGAUCUACGCGCUCUAAAAAAUGUUUUCAAGAGGAACCGAAGAAGGACGCUCAAGAUGAAGUCCCCGAAGAGGCUACUUCUGCGGUCGAGGUGACGACGACUACUACGCCGGACGUGGCUCCUACAGAACCUGUGGAACAAAUCCCCGCGAGCCCUCGAACUCCCAAACGGAGUUCCUCUGAGGCAGAGUUUGACCUCAGCUCGGCAUUGUUCUCCGCUACCGCUGGACAUAGUUCGGCAAAGAAACGACUUCGGGUCGAAUUGGGUCGGGAGGCCAACUCUAACACUGCUUCGAGAGUACCAGACGUGACAACCGAGAAGAAAUCGGCCAGAAAGAAGCUUGUUCUUCUUAAAGACGGAGAGCAGGCAUGUAGGAAUGUGGAUAAGCCUGCCCUGCGUCCAUCCAGUCCCCUACCCGACGACAAGGAGGCAAAGAACCUGGUGAACCACAGCGACAGCUCCUCCCCUGCCGGCAGCGGGCAUGGUGUGGGUAGCCCCCAGAAGACCGCUCCUAGGAGCAAGACCUUCACCAAAGAGGACGUGGCCGCUCUCAAGGCUCGUCUUCAGAAGAUCCAGGAUCAAGGGAAGCGCGCGACCGUGCCGUCGGCCGGGCCUUCCCCCGCGUCCUCAGACUUGAAAGACAGAUUGGCGCGAGCUCGGGAGCUGGGAGAAAGGGCACAGCGGCGCAAGGAGGAGAAAUUGGCCCAGAAGGAACAGUCUGCCGAGGAAGAUACUGCCGCUAAGGAGAGUGAGAAUGCUCCGGCCUACCAGCGCUACCACACCCUCGCCCAGGACGUGCCGCCCGGCCUGUCCCUGCCGUACAAGUACAAGGUCCUGUCCGAGAUGUUCCGCAGCAUGGACACCAUCGUGGGCAUGCUCUUCAACCGCUCGGAGACCGUCACCUUCGCCAAGGUCAAGCAGGGCGUCCAGGACAUGAUGCACAAGCGGUUUGAGGAGGACCACGUGGGCCGAAUUAAGACGGUCUACCCUUCGGCCUACACGUUCCGCCAGGAGAGGAACGUUCCCACCUUCAGCGCCACCGCAAACAGGUCCAGCUACCAGCUGACCGUGGAGCCUGUUAUUGAGGAAGGCAAAGAGAAGAACGGCGUGCGUCCAACGCUGAGCGCCUCCUGCCUGCUGAAGAGAAGGCGCACUUUCCACCGCAAUCUGGUUGACGUCGUCAAGCAGCAUCACAAGGUGUUCCUGGCCUCCCUGAACCCUCCCCUCAGCGUCCCUGACGAUAAGCUGACCCGCUGGCACCCCCGCUUCAGAGUGGACGAGGUGCCCGACGUCCAGCCCAGCCCGCUGCCCCGGCCGCCGCAGACGGACAAGCUGACCACAGCCCAGGAGGUGCUGGACAAGGCCCGCUCCCUCAUGACGCCCAAGAUGGAGAAGGCCCUUGCUAACCUGGCUCUGAAGACUGCAGAGACUGGCGUCACACCUGAACCGCAGGAACAGCCCCCGAAAACGGCCCCGGCCCCUCCCAGCGUCCUGAAAGGGGUGUCCCAGUCCCUGCUGGAGAGGAUCCGGGCGAAGGAGGCUCAGAAGAUCCAGGCGGCCAUGACCCGUAACCCCAAGCAGGAGGAGCGGCUGCUGAUGAUGUCACGGCUGGGGGAGCUGGCCCGGAUCCUGCGCAACGUUUUCGUGGCGGAGAAGAAGCAGGCGCUGGUCAUGGAGCUGGCCUGCAGCCGCGUGGCGGCCAGCUACCGCUCCUCCCUCAGCGCCGGUGAGAUGGAGCGGCACCUGCGUCUCCUGGCAGAGCUGGCUCCUGAGUGGCUGACCAUUCAUCCAGUCAGGAAGGACUUCUACCUGAAGCUGGACAAGACGGUGGACCUAAGCGUGAUCGAGGAGAAACUGAACCGGCAGACCAAGGAGGAGGAGAAGCAGUGAACUCCCACCCUCCCUUGUUUUGGGGUUUUUUUUUAAUUGAGUGCAAUUUUGGAAAGCUGGAAGGUUGGAAUUCAGUCUUUUUUUUCCCCCCAAGUGGACAUGGGGCUGUCCCCAUUCAUUUAAACAAAAGGAAAAGGAAGAAGAUUGGGCCUUUCAUUUUGUCUAAGAAGGGACUGUUUUUUAAAAACUUUUUUAAAGAAGUCUUUUCAGAACUUUUUUUGAAAUGGGGAGGGGGUUUGGUGUUCCAUGGCAGAACCAACACCAAGUGGUUUUUACUGGCUAAAGGGCUGUAAAAACGAUCCUGUGAAUCCAUGGGCCAGUCUAGACCACAUCCUGUUUCCUGCAUUAAGUUUGGUGUUGCUGUUUGACCCCAUGGGUCAACUGCAGCGUGCUUAGAAUCUGUGAAAUGAGCGUUGGCUUAUUUGUAGUUGUAAUGCAAUUUUGUGGUCUAGCUAUGCACAUUGCAAUUGACAUGACAGGUUUUGUUUCAGAGGACUUGGAAUAAAGGCAGUUUCCAUUGCU